CGAAGAACUAUCGAUUCUGUCGCACACCCACCAGCUCUUCACGACGCAAACAAGGACGUGCCAUUCUCAUGUUACUGAUAGCGAGGUAUGGAGUAGGACCAGAUAGGUUAACCACAGAGUCCAGCCGCGCUGCCUGCCCCUUCAGCGUCAGCGCGGCCUCUCCGGCGCACGUUUUGAGUCUUUCGUCUGCAGCUCAUCCAUGCUGAUGUCCACCCCGCCCUGUCCCCUUCCAACCCCCUUCUCGUGCUUCCCCCGCAGCGCAUCGACAGACAGCCGGGGACAUCGAUGUUGCGCUGAUGGGUCUUUGCGGGUACAUUGGUCGAGACUUAUUGACACUUUCCUCUCUUAUUCUUGCCAUGACUAUGACCACAUCUGAUAAGCGCAAAGCCCGCCUGCAAGUCCUACUGGAAGCUGCAGGGAGUGUCUGCAGCCUACCAGCGCCGAGUGGCCACCCUCACUCAUCCUCCCGUGGGGACACAAUCCGGUUUUGGUCCUUGCCCCUGGCCGCGCCAGCUCCCCCGCGCACCUCAACACACCGCAAGUGGUGCUUAACAUCGGGGCCACCAGCGGGUCAUGUUACGCAUACCUACGAACCAGACCCCCGUCCUGUGUCGGGACGAGACAGGCUAUCGGAUCUUCUAUGCACACCGUACCCUUAAGGUGCCGUUCCGCAUUCCUGAUUUGCAAGCCGCAGGUCCCGUCCCUCUACUGUAUGCCACCGGUUAGCUGCUUCCAACGUCAUCUUUCUCAAACAACCUAGGGUGCAGUCAGCCCGUCCGUCUGGCCGUUUGUGUGUUAUAUGACCGCGAGCUUGGCCCGACCAAACGGCCUUCAACCUGCCGUGUCCGUCGUAUAGUACUUUGAUCGUACAUACCACACGUUCCCUCGCCUAAAUAGCAUCCGGCUCGAUGUCUAUGGCCAUGGACCGGACAACCGGGCCGUCGCUGGUUGCGUCGCACGCCCACCUCGGUCCUGAAGCCACGCUAGGAGCAGCGCGGCCGAGGAAACGGCUGCAGAAGCCAUGCACAAAACUACCGAAACAACAGCCAUCGCAGCAACGACACCACCAGCAGCUUCCAGCGCGGCCACUACAAGUCACGUUUGACGAUGCAUCUACCGAAACUCGCCCUACUACCCGCGGUACCUUGGAUGGCCAGGCACCGCCGUCCCGGCCGAUCCCACGUCUACAGCCUCCAGAUCUAAGCGAUUCCAAAUGGGCCGCGUAUCUGGGAAAGGGGAAGGAGGGGAUCGUCGGCUCCAUGGACUCGGUAGCCGUAUUCAAAGACUCUCUGAGCGUCCCCUCCCCGACCUUUCCAGAGUUCGCCCAUCUCGCGCCGGGAACUGCGCAGCCACGGCUUUCCAUUGAUAGCUGCAGCACACCCACAUCCACCACCUCAUCAGGGUCGGCCAGGGCCAGGCUUAGGCGGCAGGCGAAGACACCGGUCUUGCGCAUAGGCCAGCUCGAGAGCAGGUCGUCGCUGCAUAGCACGUCUUCAAGCGAGAGCCGACCAAAGCGGCAAAGCGCCGAAGCAAUGGCGGAGGAGUACCGGGAGCUGCUAGAAGCCCAUGAACCGAUCGACUCAGGGGCCCGCUCGGAGAGGUCCUCUCACCACCGCCAUUCAGACCAUCGUCGCUCGCCAACGCCACCGAGACGGAGCCUAACCAGUUCAGAACGAAGCGCUACGCCCCCACCAGCUGUCGACUUGGCAAGAUGCUCGCCGACUUCGGACGAUGGAACUUUGGUUUCGUUCGAGGAGGAGACGAUUUAUUUCAAGCCCUUGUCCUUUGGAGCUGAGCCCGAGUCGCGAUCGUCAGCGUACUACGAUUUUGCCGUACCACCACAGCGCUCCAUCACCCCGGCGGCGCCCAAGAGCCUCGGCCUACAGAUAUGUCUCGAGCUCCUCACGCGCGAGCUCUCGGCUGCUAUAUUCAACAGACCUAACCGCUCCGGCAACGGCGUCUCGUCGCUGCAGAUUUGGGUCAUGAUCGAGGCUUACGAGAGAUUGCGGGAUCAGCUGCGUGACUCGGUGAGCAUGCCGGACGAGGAGGUGCGGUCAGUCGAGCUGAUGCUCGACACAUGGCUGCAGGCCCUGUACACAAUACACGAUUCGCUGGCUUCGGAGGCGCAGGAUGGCGUGAGUCGGGUGGAUCUUGACGGCCUUGAGAGUGAGGAGCUUGACUAGAAAUACCCCGACGGCGUUAUUUUACGAGUGUAGGUUUCUUGGCGAGUGGUUUACAGUGGCUGGGCUGGUUGCGAAAUAGAAUGGGUGUCGUCCAGUCAGUGGGGGCAUGGGUUUGGCUCCUAUCUAAGAUUGAUCUACCUAGACGGUGAUUUAACUCACUUCAAAAAUCGCAUGAUAGGAGAAGACAAUGUUGACAUCUUCUCCAGCGACUUCCUGUCACCUGCGAUGCAUCGUCUUGGAAUGGUAAGGAUGAGGUCAUCGUGUUA